GCACCUAUAUAGAUGCUACAAGUAGUGUAAAUCUCAAGACAAGUAGGAAUCUGAAGCCAUAAAUUGCCAACACUACCAGAGAUGACAAUAGCAUUGUCCCAAUUCUCCCCUCUAAAGUAUAUGCAAAACUCAGUGGGAACACAGGACAUGGCGUAGUGCUGAGUUCACAAAAGAUAACAAACACUUCUCCAAAUAAUAUUCAGCUCCCACUUCCUAGUUCCUAUCUCUUGCACUCAAUCAAUCACUCACUUUCUUUGUCCUUAUUUAAGGCCAAACACUUCUCCCUUCACCACAAAACUAUUCUCUACUAUGACCUUCACCAGGGAGGAAUAUGAAGUUGAUGAUCAUGUUCAUGUAGAUGGUGGAUCAGAAUCACACAACAUUGCCAACCAUGAAAUUGUGACCCCUGAAGGUGAUGAUGAUCAUGAGAAGAAUAACUUGGGAGGAGAAUGGUUGAGUUUAGGCCUCAAAGGUGACAUGCCUUUUGAAGCAGCAGAACAAAACAACAAGGCUAACCAUGAUUCACAAUCAUCAAAGCCUCUCCACAACAAGGUGUUCUCAUGCAACUUCUGCAUGAGAAAGUUUUACAGUUCACAAGCCUUGGGGGGUCACCAGAAUGCACACAAGAGGGAAGGAGAAGCAGCAAGAAGCUACCAAUCUCAUAGGAUGAUGACAACAUCAUCAUCAAUGGGGCUUGCAUACUCUUCUUUGGCAUCUAGGUCACUAGGAAUUCAGCCUCACUCUCUUGUGCAUAAGCCAAGUAGAGAAAGAUCUGCUAUGGUGGCCAAAUUCAGUGAUGCCAAUAGUUAUGGGAUUGGCGUGACAUCAUGGACACCCUUUAUGGUUGAACAAGCUAUGGAUUUCUAUUGGCCAGGUAGCUUCCGGUUGGACUUGCCAAAGCAAGAAUCUGAUGUUAAGAAGAUUGACUUGGAUCUUAGGCUCUGAUCGAUGCAUUUGAUCCAAUUAACUUAUUCAGAGUCCUGAUUCUGAUUUACACUACUACUGCUUUCUACUUGAUUUCCCUAUGCUAUAUUAUGUCAAUUGUGCUAAUAAGAUGUCAAGGGUAAUACUAUGGUAAUUCUGAAGUUGUAUUAA